AUGAAGCGAAAGGCAGCAGAAGCUGGGGCGGUAGCCUCCAAUGGCAAUGGCAAGAAGCGUGCCACUGAAGCUGGAGCAACUCAGGAUCGGUUCCGGGAAGGACUGUUUGACCCGGCCACCGUCAAAGGGUAUGCGGACGAGUAUGCCAAGUCCAGCCCAUACAAGCACGCCGUAGUCACGGAGUUGAUCAACGAUGACCUACUCCGCUCUGUUAGAUCCGAAAUUGUCAACAACAUCCAUUUCACGCCCAAAGAAACAGACAUCUAUAAGAUCCACCAAUCUGGAGACUUGGCGAAUCUGGACGGCCUUCCAGCUGCGGCGCUGGAAAAGCUUCCCUCGAUGCUGAAGCUACGAGAUGCAUUAUAUGGCCAGGACUUCCGGGAAUGGGUCUCAUCUGUCUCAGGCGCAGGGGCGCUCUCCGGAAAGAAGACCGAUAUGGCUGUCAACCUCUACGUACCCGGAUGCCAUCUGCUAUGCCACGACGAUGUUAUCGGUAGCCGCCGAGUGRGCUAUAUUCUCUACCUCACGGAUCCAGAUAAGCCAUGGAAGGCUCAAUGGGGCGGAGCACUUCGCCUGUAUCCUACAGAGGACGUGAGUGGCGAGGAUGGAAAGACCUUCAAGCUACCCCGAUCCGAAUGGACCAAGGUCAUACCGCCAGCGUGGAAUCAACUUUCGUUCUUUGCUGUUCAGCCGGGUGAAAGCUUCCAUGAUGUCGAGGAAGUGUACAAGAGCAUUAACCAGGCAGAGGACGAUGGUGGCAGAUUUCGAAUGGCGAUCAGCGGGUGGUUUCACAUACCGCAGGAAGGCGAGGACGGCUUCGAACCUGGACUGGAGGAGAAACUGGCGGAGAAGAGUUCCUUGCAACAGCUACAAGGCAAAGCCGAUGAAUUCGACGAGCCUCAACAAGAGUGGCUUGGACCCAAUCCGGAUACCACUACCAAGGCAGAAGCCGAGGACGACGACGUGGAGCUCACUCCUGAAGAUCUGCAGUUCUUGAUCAAGUUCAUGACUCCCAACUAUCUAACCCCGGACACUGUUGAAGAACUGAACGAGUUAUUCACCGAGGAGUCCAUCUUACAGCUGUCGAACUUCCUGAGUGACAGAUUCUCGGCAUCUUUGAAAGCGUGGUUUGAAGCUAAUCCCGACCACUCCCUGCCAUUCUCCACCUCACGACCUCCCCACAAGCAUCGAUAUCAAUAUAUCAAAUCGCAGCCCGGUGACAGCGAGGCCGACUCACCUUUGAAGCAAGUCUUGGAUGAUCUCCUCCCAAGCUUAGCCUUCCGUAAAUGGCUGGCUCUUGUCACAGGGUUGACACUAAAGCGGUCUUCCAUAAUCGCCAGAAGAUUCCGCAAAGGACUCGACUACCAGUUGGCACAAGGCUAUGAAGGCGAAGACCCGCAAUUGGAGUACACCCUCUGCAUCACACCUACCAUCGGCUGGGGUGGAGAAGAAGAGAAAGGAGAGGACGAGGUGAAGGGCAAUGCCAAAAAGCCCGAGGCCGAGGAGGAAGAUACGGUUGGUGGAUAUGAACUCUACAUGGCCGGAGACGACCCAGACGACGAAGACGAUGGAUCCGACGAUGGUGUGAACAUUCCAGCAAAUGUGCAGUCGCACACGGGCGCUGGUCAGCGCCGUCCAGCGAAGAGAAAGAAGGCUGAUCCAGCUGUAUAUCAGGCAGCUGGAGACGACGAGGAUGAUGGAAUCCUUUUCAGCAAUGCCGCAAGCUGGAACACGAUGAGCUUCGUGCUCCGGGACCGUGGCACCUUGAAAUUUGUCAAAUAUGUCUCGCAGUCGGCCCCAGGGGAUCGUUACGAUAUAACAGGGUGCGUUGAAGUUGAGCCUGAAGAUGACGAGGAGGAUGAGGAGGAGGCAUGA